AUGUCUGACAAACCCAAUAUGGCUGAGAUAGAGAAAUUUAAUAAGUCAAAAUUGAAGAAGACAGAAACGCAAGAGAAAAAUCCUCUGCCUUCCAAAGAAAUGAUCGAACAGGAGAAGAAAGCACGUGAGUCGUAA